GCCGACAGUUGAAAGAAUGGCGAUGACCGACCUACUCAGCGCUGCCGACAUCAGGGCUGCAAUAGCAGCCUUCGCAGCUCCAGACUCUUUUAACCAUCAGAAGUUCUUUGUGAUGGUAGGGAUGAAAAAGAAGACUCCUGAAGAAGUGAGGCAAAUUUUUCACAUUAUGGACAGAGAUCGAAGUGGGUUUAUUGAGGAGGAGGAACUACAGUUGUUAGUGAAUAACUUUUCCCCAGAGGGCAGAACCCUGACUGCUAAGGAAACCAAGGCAAUUAUGGCCUCUGGAGAUAAAGAUGGAGAUGGCAAAAUAGGCAUUGAAGAAUUCGUAAGCAUGGUGGCUGAAUCCUAAAGGCUUUGACCAAUCUGAACCAUCCAUCCACCCUUGACCACCUGAUUCCAGCUAUUUUCUGCUGACCUCCUUGGUUCUUCUUCUCUUGAUUUAUGUUGUUUUAUACUCCAACAUUGUUCUCUGCAGCCCUAUAGCUAUGUAAUUGUGCUGAAAGAUGCUGUUAAAGUAAUAAAGGUCACAUCAACCUGG